GAUGUCUUAAAAUGUUCAUCCUUUUGCCCUAAUGCUACUUACUCUGUAUAAGUGGUAUUAGUAGGCCAUGAUAGAACGCUUUGCAACUUGCAACAGUAUAAAUUAUUCACUUGAAUAUGUUUUGGAGUAGCGAUGACCAGAAAACAGGCAGCUAUGCGGCCAGCAGUGACAUACAUCCAUACGAUGAAGAAAUAGAAGCAUUUUUUACUCGCAACGGAUUUGAUGGAGCAACUAGAGAUGCAUGUGAUGAGUAUGCUCGCGUACGGUUUCCUGGCUCGGCAGCAAAGCCAGCGGCGACGCAGGGUUAUUGUUCUUAUACGCUGAAUAUAUCAGAUGAAUACCUGCUGCAGUUCCGGCCAGAGGCGUUCAAGUUGGACACGGACACCUGUAUGGAAGUCAAGUCUAUUUACGGCAAAUUUGCCCCGACGACCAGAUAUCUCGGCGAGGUAGGAGGGGUAGCAUUACAACAAGUGCCAGAUGCGAACGUUAGAUCGUCGGCGAUGAUGCAUGUAUAUCUUCAUCAAAGAAUCCGGGGGAUUCCUCUGUCGGAAUUUCGGAAAAGGAACAAAAGUUGCCGGCCUGAUGAAGACAAGAUGUUUAAGAGGAGAUUGAUGAGCGGUUUGGCCAAAGUAUUUGCGCUCGGCUUUCGCGCACGGCAGGCCUCACAGGAAAUGAAGCGAAUACUGCCAGCAGGCACUAUGGCGAAGGGGACGAUUGGAAAGUCGAUGCGCUGGCGUCUUAAUCUGCUGAGUGGCUUGCCGGACAAAGACUUGCUCACGCACGUAUCAGAGGCGCAAGCCCAGCUCGAUAUUGUCGAAGCGUCAAGCUGGUGUCUUACACACGGCGAUCUUCUCCCGGGGAACAUGAUGGUUGACGCCAAGACCGGCCAUUUGACGGGACUCAUUGAUUGGGCUGAGGUUGAGUGGCUUCCCUUCGGGAUGGCUCUGUAUGGUGUCGAGGAAGUGCUUGGGGAAGACAUGCCUUCUGCCGCUGGGGGGUUCGAGUACUACGACGACCACGAGGAGCUGCGUCAGCUCUUUUGGGAUGAGUUUUUGGCUUCCGUUAGACGAGAUGGAGAGGAGAUUCAGCUGAGGGAAGCAGAAGCAGCACGGAAGCUGGGAAUUCUCCUUUGGAGGGGUAUCGCGUUUGACGACGGGAAGAUGGACCGCGUGGUGGAGAGUGGAAGAGACGAUUCGGAGAUUCACAAGCUGCGGCUGUUUUUGGAAGCGCCGAGCGUUGUGGUUUGUUCGAAUAAGAAAUGUCACUGGAGCGAGUCGUUGAUCUCCUUGUGGGCGUGUGUUAGGAGGGUGUUCUGGCAUGGAGGAAGAGGAUGCUGCUUUGGCAGUGAGAGCGACGAAACGGAUCUCAGGGCUAGAAAGGAUACAUUUAUAAACAGAAGCAAACUCGGUGCUGCUUAAGACGCCAUGCGCUGCAGUAUUCUUAUUAACUUUAACCCCAAUUAAUAAAUAAGCCUUG